AUGCAGCGAACACUGGCCCAGGUGAUUGGCUUCAAGUCGCAUUCUUGUAAGCACUGGAGCAGCCACUGGCUAGUUGGAGUGAGCUGCUUCCUCUUCGCUCCGGCAGCAGCCGCCUUUUGGGCAGUUUGGUGGUGCCUUCUACAGUAUGCGGAUCUCAAGGACCAAGGCAACAUGCUGCAGAUGAUCCUGUAUUUCUGCCUGGCUGUGACAUACACCCUGGUAGUGCUAACGUCAUACAGCGCGGACUAUCUUUUCAUCCGCCGCGGGCAGCGCUCCUUCUACGGAAGGGUGGACAUCGUCGUGGCGUCCGGCACCCUGUUCCUGUCAACCUUAGACUUCUACCUCCGCGCCACUGUUUGGGAAACGGCUCUGCUAGUGUUGGUGCCAUGCUGCGCUUUUGUGUAUUCCACCCAGUCGAAGGCCUUUGAGAUAUGGAUUUGGCGCCAUACCCUCUGGCACUUUACAGGUGGGACAAUCGCCCUGUACGGUUCUUUGCGAUUGUUGCCUGCGAAGCACAGCAUCAUGGCAGAACUGCCGUGGUGUCUGUGCCUGACAGAGAUGACAUAUGCCAUAGGCAUCGCAGUCUUCUACGUGCUGCGCGGCACCUGUCCGAAAGACCGUCUGGACGAGCUGUGGCAAGUUGGUGCGAGGCAUGCACAUUGGCAGCCGGUGAGUGGGAGAUGA